AUGAAUAAAAAACAAUUUAGUUUCCCACCAGAGGAAGAAAUCCAAAAAGUAAUUAAAAGAAUGACCCAACCGGGUUAUCGCCGCAUAAAUAAAGGAUUAUUACCUAAUGCUACUACUGAGGAAAAAAUUAAAUACCACCUUUGUCAAAAUAUUUCCCGCUAUGCCCGUGAAAAUAACCUAACUGAAAAAGAAUUAAGCAAAAAAUUGGGAAUAGACCAAGUCAAAACCGAGUAUCUUUUAUUUAGUCAUAUUGACAGGUUAAUUCUUGGAGAAUUAAUUGCUUACGCGGAUAACCUACAUAUUCCGUUGAAAGUAGAAAUAAGCAUAACCAAAGAUAAUAAUCAACAUGUAAUUUUUGGCUUGCUCCGAACCGUUUUAAAAAUUAGUCCGCAUUGUUGGAAGAGAAACGAGGAAUUUCAGGCUAGCAAGAAAGCCAAGGUUAAGGAGAAUUUGGCUAAUUGGUUAUUAGAUAAAGAAGUAAUUAAGAAUUUGAUUCAACAACUAAAAGAAAAAGAAGUAUGGUUUGAGGGAGUAAAUGCUAAUUGUCCCGCUUGA